UUUCUGCGUUUAUCUGCGCGUGUCUGUGUACCCCCAGUGGAGGAAUACGUGCGCAGCUUGCUGGACAACCCUGAGUUGAUUGACCGUCUGGCACUGGCCUCGGAGCAGGAUGUGGUGGAGUCCCGGGUAAUCUUCCCCGAACAUCUCCCGCUGUCCCAGCUGCAGCAAGGUGUGCGCUCCGGCCGGUUUGUCCAGGGAACCUUCCUUGCGAGUCGUGAGAAUUACCUGGAGGGGACUCUGAGGGUGCGAGGGGACGGUGACAGUGAUAAAGAGGUGUUGAUCCAGGGGCUGCAGCAUUUAAACCGCGCGAUGCACGACGACAUCGUGUGCGUGGAGAUGUUCCCCGAGGAGCGCUGGGUUGCCCCCUCCUCGCUGGUCCUGCACGAUGAGGGCGUCGCAGGGGACGUUGCAGAAGAGAAUGAAGAGGAUGUGCUGAAAGCCGAAAGUGGGAAGAUGCGUCGGCCCACUGGCAAAGUGGUCGGCAUCAUCAAGCGGAACUCGAGGCCGCUGUGCGGCAUGCUCAUGCCCAGCCCAAUCAAGGAGGCCACCCGCCACCUGUUCACGCCCGCGGACCGCCGCAUGCCACGAGUGCGGGUGGAGACAAGACAAGCAGCGUCCCUGCAGGCCCACCGCAUCGUGGUGGCCAUCGGUGGCUGGCUGCGACACUCCCGCUACCCGAACGGCCAUUUUGUGCGCUCUCUGGGCGAAUGUGGGGAUAAGGAGACGGAGACGGAGGUGCUGCUGCUGGAGCACGACGUGCCACACCAGCCCUUCAGCCAGGCCGUACUUGCAUGCCUGCCCCCUCCCACGUUCAGCAUCACAGCAGAGGACCAGGCUGGCAGGGAGGACCUCCGUGCGUUGUCCAUCUGCAGUGUGGAUCCUCCAGGCUGCACAGACAUCGACGAUGCCCUACACUGCAAACCGCUCGACAAUGGGAACACCGAGGUUGGGGUACACAUCGCCGAUGUGAGCUACUUUAUCCGGCCGGGGAAUGCCUUGGAUGAGGAGGCAUCUCUGCGUGGUACCACAGUUUACCUGUGUGAGAAGAGGAUUGAUAUGGUGCCAGAGUUAUUGAGCUCAAACCUGUGUUCCUUGAGAUCCAACGUCGACCGGCUGGCGUUCUCGUGCAUAUGGGAGAUGACUCCAAAGGCUGAGAUCGUGAGCACACGUUUUACCAAGAGCAUCAUCAAUUCCAAGGCGUCUCUGACGUACGCAGAGGCUCAGCUAAUGAUGGACGACGCUGGGCGGAAGGACCCGGUCACCAGCAGCUUGCGUGGCCUCAACUCCCUGGCCAAGAUCCUCAAGCAGAGGCGCAUUCAAAACGGGGCAUUGACUCUGGCAUCCCCUGAGGUCCGAUUCCACAUGGACAGCGAAACCCACGACCCGAUCGACCUGCAGACCAAGGAACUCAAGGAGACCAACUCGAUGGUGGAGGAGUUCAUGUUGCUCGCCAACAUCUCCGUGGCGGAGCGCAUCGUAGACGAAUUCCCCGAGUGUGCGCUGCUCCGACGCCACCCGGCGCCUCCGCCUUCCAACUACGACAUCUUGGUGAAGGCGGCGAAAUCAAAGAACAUCGAGAUCCAGGUGGACUCGGCUAAGGCGUUGGCCGAGUCCCUGGACCGGGCGGCGGUGCCGGGAGCGCCACCAUACCUCAACACUCUGCUGCGCAUCCUGGCCACGCGCUGCAUGAUGCAGGCCAUCUACUUCUGCUCCGGCAUGGAGCCCGACACCCACCACUACGGGCUCGCCACCGCCAUCUACACCCACUUCACGUCGCCCAUUCGACGAUACUCGGAUGUGAUUGUGCACCGGCUGCUGGCCGUGUGCGUGGGCGCCGACCCCACGUACCCGGCGCUCACCGACAAGCUGGGAGUGCACAGACUGCGUGAGUCUCGGGAUCAGUAUGAGACUGGGGACCAUGGUGCAUCAUCAUCAAUCCAUCGAUUACAAGCAUUUCUUGAGGCGGCCCCAUACCUGCGCGAUAAGUGUAACUUGGUUGCAUGCAACUGAAUCGGGUUAGAUCGCGUAAAUAUAUAAAUGUCGUUAAAACCCGGCACCACUUGACACAG